CUCCACCGAGCACCCUUCUCUGCUCUCUCUCCCCCCACCCACCCCGAAACGGAGUCAAAGGCAUAGGAACAAAUCCCACAAACAACGCAUAUAUUACCCGCAGCUCGAGAGGCCAAUAGGGUAGUGAUUUCUUUGCGCUCACAACCAUCAUGGCGGCGGCGCUCAUGGACAGCGAGCUCGGGAGCCUCUUAAAGGUCUCGGCGGCGGUGUGGGCGGCUAUGUCCUACGUCCGCGUGGCAUCCGCGUUCAUUCGUCCAGGCGCGGCUCGCCUCGGUGCGCUACUGCCCGUUGUUGCGCUCUUCUAUGCGAUCCCCUUCGCCUUCUCCACCACCACGUUCCGGGGCAUCUCAGCCUUCUUCCUCUGCUGGCUCGGAACCUUCAAGCUCCUCCUCCUCGCUGCUGGCCGCGGUCCCCUGGACCCAUUCCUCUCCCUCCACCACUUCGUCUUCUCCGCCUCUCUGCCCGUCAAGUUCCAGCAGCCCACCUCCUCCAAAGCAAAGAAACAAGAUCCCGCUUCGGCCCAUAGUCGAUACACCCUCGCCAAGAUCCUCAUCUCCGCCACCGUUAUCCCCUUCAUCGUCUACGCGUUUCAGUUCAAACAUGCGAUGGACCAGUGGCAGCUCCUCCUCAUUUACGCCGUCUGCAUGUGGUUGUCCCUGGAGCUCGUCCUGGCGUCGGUCCGCACGCUGAUCCACGGCGUGCUGGGGAUGGAGAUGGAGCCACAGGUGGACCGCCCGUACCUAGCGUCGUCGCUGGGAGAUUUCUGGGGAAGGCGGUGGAACCUCAUGGUACCUGCCAUCCUCCGGCCGUCGGUGUACGGUCCGGUGCGCGCGCGCUUCGGUGUGGCGGCUGGCGUCCUGGUGUCGUUCCUCGUCUCCGGGCUCAUGCACGAGGUGAUCUUCUACUACAUGAUGUGGCAGCCACCCAGUGGUGAUGUGACCGCGUUCUUCGUUCUGCAUGGUGCGUGCACCGCGGCGGAGGGGUGGUGGGCGCGGCAUGCCGGGUGGUGGCGCCCGCCGCGGGUGGUGGCGGUGCCGCUCACGCUGGCGUUCGUGGGUGGUACCGGGUUCUGGAUGUUCUUCCCAGUCAUGAUUAGGGGCGGCCUGGACGAGCUUGUGCUGCACGAGUGGCAGGGCUUUGUGGUGCUCAUGGAGGAGGCCGGACGUUGGCUCGCCGGCGCCAACGGUCAAACUGUUUCGAGCCUCCGCUGACCAAUUGAUACAGAUCUGCUGUCGGGAGCGGUGAAAUGUGUGCCGCACGAUUAAGGAUCCCAAGGGAUACGAUCGUAUUACUUUGUGGUUGGUUCAGAUCUUAAACAUGUGCUAAUUAAUGCUUUCACAUGUGAUUGUAACCUUUGAUCAUUGUUUCAGUUGCUUAUUCUUCCUCGUGUGAUAGAAUAUUAUUACUAGAACAUUAUGGAUACACUAUUUGUUAUCAUAAAUAUAUGUGUUAUUGGUUGUUAA